AGAUCCCUGAAAAGAGAGGGCUGGUUUUUAAACCACUCUGGGAAUUGUAGCACAACUCUCAGCGGAUGACAGAUCCUAGAAUUCUUUGUGGGGAAGCCAUGGCUGUUAAAAGUGGCGUCUCAGCGCUUUAACCGCAGAGUAGGAAUGGAGCCAAAGUACAAGACGAGUGCGGAAGGAAAAUGGCAGGAUAAAUUAAACAAGGUGGGAACAAUACUUUUGAGAGACGUAGCCUAAAAUAAUGAAUACAGUGGUACCUCGGGUUACAGACACUUCAGGUUACAGACGCUUCAGGUUACAGACUCCACUAACCCAGAAAUAGUGCCUCAGGUUAAGAACUUUGCUUCAGGAUGAGAACAGAAAUCGUGCUCCGGCGGCGCAGCGGCAGCAGGAGGCCCCAUUAGCUAAAGUGGUCUUCAGGUUAAGAACAGCUUCAGGUUAAGAACGGACCUCCAGAACGAAUUAAGUUCUUAACCCAAGGUACCACUGUAUUCUAAUAUAAAAGGGGCAGAUGGGCCUCAUCCAUCUGGGAAAAUAGUCCAUCUAGGAGAAGAAAAACUCUGAUCCUAAUUCUCCGCUGCCUUGUGGGUUAUCUUCAGGAGAAGAAAAGCCUAAGGAGUAGACCCUGCACGGGCGCCCAACAUCUUGCUCUGCUUUCCUUUGGACCACAUCAACAAGGCCGAGUGGGGGGGGGUCUUGUCGUCUGAGCAGCCCAGGACCUCCAGACACACCGCCCAGUCUUGUACCCUGUGGAGGUCACUUUUGCGCUGCUGACACAGUGGUUUGACUUCACACACACACCCCCAGCCGCACUCCAUUGUCUAUUGAGACGGACAGAUACCGACAACAAUGAAAUAAAAGGGAGAGGGAAAGCCUACUCCAAUUAGAGACCUUGGAUUAGUUAAUUCUACAUUAUGGUGCUGGAGGAGACUCUUGAGAGUCCCAUGGACUGCAAGAAGAUCAAACCUAUCCAUUGCAGCCUCAUUUUAAAAGUAGCCCAUAGAUCAAAACCAGAAGGGGAGGGAAACAUAAGGGUCCGACUAAGUCCAAACCAAAGGCCUGGUGGAACAGCUCUGUCUUGCAGGUCCUGCGGAAAGAUGGCCCUUAGGUAUAAUAAUAAUAAUAAUAAUAAUAAUAAUAAUAAUAAUAAAUUGUAUAUCCCGCCCUCCCCAGCUGGAGCUGGGCUCAGGGCAGCUAACAGCAAUUCUUUCCAGUUCUACAAAUCUAUAAAUCUAUGAUUCUAUAAACAACCAGGUGCACUCUCCCUCAUGUCCCUAAAAGCACCAGGGUUUUUUUAUUCACACCAGGGACUUUUGACAUUUUUAAUAAUCCAAAUGUCCUAGUUUUGGUUUGCUUUUUUUUUUUAAGACAUCGAUGCCCCGAAAGGGUUAAGCUGAAGGAGUUUCCCCUCCUACUUCCUAGAGAGGACAGGCGAGAGGGAUGGAAAGGGAUUAGCAAAUUGCCCUUUUUCCUGUAGUGGGGAAAAGGGGGAGUGGGCUGCAUUGCCUUGCUUUGCAUCUGCAGGAAGACUGGAGAAAGAGGCGGAAGCAGCGGAGAGGCCCAGAAAGGAGGUGAAUAGCUAAAGGGAGCUGGCGGGGGGGGGGGGCCGGAAAAGGACUGGGAAGGGAGAAUUGGGGGUCAUCUGGAAGGGAAGGGGGGCAAAGCAGCAGGAGGGGUAGAAAAUGAGGGAGGGGAGACAGAGAAGCUCCUUCAGAUCCCCCCACGACACACAGGAUUAUUCUGUUGCAAGCCGCCCAGAGUGGCUGGGGUGUAAAUAAUAAAUUAUUAUUAUUAUCAUUAUCAUUAUUAGAAUUGAGCAAUGACAAACCUAUCAUCAUCAUCAUUAUUAUUAUUAUUCCCACUCAGCCCCUUCCAGAUCCAGCAAGAGCUUUGCACAAAUGCAGGAUUGGGGCUGGUUCAGUCGGGGAUAAUGGGGAGCAGUGCCUCCCCCCCCCCCAGUUCAGCCAUAGGAAGCUGCUGCCUAUAUCAGACCCUCCAAGUCUCCCUAUUUUCCAGGGACAGUCCUGGAUUUAGAGAAGCCGUCCCAGUUUCUGAUUUGAUCCCACAAUGUCCCGCUUUUUUAUUUUCAUUGGAGAAAUGUUGGGGGGCUACAGUGCCAAGGGUCAGCAAACAUUUUCAGCAGGGGGCCGGUCCACUGUCCCUCAGACCUUAUGGGGGGCCGGACUAUAUUGGGGUGGGGAAUGAAUGAAUUCCUAUGCCCCACAAAUAACCCAGAGAUGCAUUUUUUAAAAAAGGGCACAUUCUACUCAUGUAAAAACACGCUGAUUCCUGGACAGUCCAUAGGCUGGAUCUGGCCCCCGGGCCUUAGUUUGCCUAUCCAUGGACUACGCUAUAUAGUAAAGACAGUCCUGUAUAAGGGAAGCUUUUAAUGUUUGAUUGUGCUUUUUGUAUUUUGUCGGGAGCCACUCAGAGUGGCUGAGGCAAGCCAAAUCAGAUGGGUGGCGUAUACGUAAUAAAAUUAUUGUUAUUAUAUUGAGUCAGCCCAGUUCAUAGAAUCGUAAAGUCGGAAGGGACCAUGAGGGUCUUCCAACCCCCCUAUAAUGCAGGAAUCUUUUGCCCAAUGUUGGGGGGGGGGGGCUCGAACCCAUAACCCUGAGAUUAAAAGUCUCGUUUGCCCAGUAUUGUUUACACUGGCAGGCAGUAGCUUUCCUGGGGUUUCGGUCUUUUCUCCAGCCCUACCUGGAGAUACCAUGAAGUAGGUUCUCAAAGCCGUGACAGGAAAGGAUGGCAAGUCAGGUGGGAAGAUCUGAGGACGAUCAAAGAAACAUUUGAACAUUUCAUUUGUGUUGAUGAGAGUUUGUUUGCCUCAAAUCGGACCAAUGUAAAUGAGAUUAUCGGCAAAAGCAAGCUACGUACUUAGGUGCGUAUGUAAAAGGCUUGUUUAGAAUUAUAUUCUGGGAAUGACUGAUGCUCUUAUGUAACUGCAUUGUUUUAUACUUUCCGUACGUCCCAUGAUCAUGUUAUAAAGUAGUUGUGUUACAUGUUUUAAAUCAAGCACUGCUAAGAGUUGUUUCUUUUUGUUCCAUCAAUUAAAAAAAUAAUAAUCCUGGUGUGGCGUGAGCAAAUUUUUAUUCUCAAAGUGUGUCCCAGAGGAAAAAAGUUUGAGAAUCACUGCCAUGGGGACCUUCUGAGUGCAAGGCAGAUCUCUACCACUGAAUUACAGCCUUUCCUCAGCCUCUCUCUUUCUUUCUUUCUUUCUUUCUUUCUUUCUUUCUGGCAUUUCCCAUCCACUUCCAGGCAGCAUAAAUGCAGUAACAGUAACGAAGCAUGGCAGCUUGUAGCUUCUACACAAAGGCGCAGGAGCCCCAUUAUCUCCUGCAGCUGACCACGAUCUUCUCUUAUAGUCAGAUUUCUCAGAAAGAAAGAAAAGAAAAAUGGGAAGAGAUCAUUUAUUCCAGCCCUACAAGAGGCUGACUGCUCACCUCUGUCACUUUCUUUCUCUCUGCUUUUCAGGCCCCUGCUCACUGUCGUUUCUUCUGGAAUUUUCCACAGCGCACCUUUACCCAGGGAUGAAGAUGGAGGAGGAAUAUAUUGCAGCCCGGGGAGAAAGAGAGGAACCGGAAGGAACAGGGAAAGCCGCUCACGUCCUCUUGAAUGCUGGUGGCCACAAACCCAGGAUGGAUUUGGAGGCACAGGGUGAACUCCCCAGAGCAAGGCAUUCGGGGAACGCCGAGGGGUUCCUCGAAAGGGGGACCCCACAUCGCGUGAAGGAGGAAUCGGAAGAGGGCUUGGCCCAUUGCUGGGAAGCCCAGUGGCAGGAGUUUUUGAGGACAGUGGAGUCCCCUCACUCGGAAUGGGGAGCCCCCCAGUUGCCGGAGGAGCCCACCCCCUGGGACGACGCCAAGGCCUUCUUCGCCUCCUUCGAGCAAGUGGCCCAAGCCUGCCGGUGGCCCAAGGUGGAGUGGGCGGCCCGACUCCUGCCGGCCCUCAGGGGAGAAGCCGAGUGGGCCUUUGAGAGGCUGGAUGCCGGAGACAGAGAGGAUUAUGGGAAAGUGAAGGCAGCCAUCUUGAGAGGGGACGCCUUGAGGAGAGAGAAGCUGCGCCAACACUUCAGGCACUUCUGCUACCAGGAGGCCGAGGGGCCCAGCGGCGCCUACAGCCACCUCCAGAAGCUCUGCCAGGGGUGGCUGAAAGUGGAGAGGCACUCCAAGGAGCAGAUCCUGGAGCUGCUGGUCCUGGAGCAGUUCCUGGCCAUCCUGCCAGCGGAGAUCCAGAGCUGGGUCAGGGAUCGUGGCCCGGAGACCUGCUCCCAGGCGGUGGCCCUGGCAGAAGGUUUCCUGUUGAGGCAGCAGGAGACUCGGGUCAGUCUGGAAAGCCAGGUGGGACCACUUGGCUGUGGUUAGUGUCAGUAUUGGUGGCCUGGCCUAGUCCGGCUUGUGGGCUUCCCAUUGGGCCACUGUGACAACAGGAUGUUCAACUAGGCAGGCCUUUGGCCUGAUCCAGGCUCCCCUUAGGGCUUCAUGGUGUCCAAUUCCGAGUUGCAUGGCUGGGUUCUGCAACUCAGCAACAAAGCUGGCCACAGAAGGAAUCCCCUUACAGUUCCUAAACGCUAGGAGCCAACCCGACUGCCAGCCCUUACUCAGGAAAAACCUUAUGUAGUUACCAUGCACACAGAAGAAGGAAGGUAUCAGGAAAUCAUAUAGAAUUGUAGAGUUGGAAGGGGACCCCCAACGGUCAUCUAGUCCAACCCCCUGCAAUGCAGGAAUCUCAGCUAAAGCAUCCAGGACAGAUGGCCGUCCAACCUCUGCUUAAAAACCUCCAAGGAAGGAGAGUCCACAAUCUCCCGAGGGAGACCGUUCCACUGUCCAAACAGCUCUUGCUGUCAGAAAGCUCUUCCUAAUGUUUAGUUGAAAUCUCCUUUCUUGGAGCUUGAAGCCAUGGGUUCGAGUCCUGCCUUCCAGAGCAGAAGACAAGCAUGCUCCAUCUUCCAUGUGACAGCCCUUGAGAUACAGUAGACACUCAGGUUGCAAACAUGAUCCUGUGAGGAGUUCAGCCUACACUCGAGUAGGACUCUGGCAGAGACACAUGCCCGACUGACAUGUUCUCUCCCUCCUGAUCAAUCGUUCGGGAGCUUCAAAGUUUUCUUCAGCCCGAACAUCACAGCGACCGAUGCCAACUGACACAACACACUUAGGGAUCCGCAGAGUCUUUGCAUCAUUGCAUGACAGACCUCAGCAGCUCAGCAUUUUGGCUAAUCUACUUUAUUUACAUAUAAACACACACACGGAGCACUGCAACAUGGCUCCCUCUCUCUCUAGCAUCAGACAGCAAAGAGAAAAAGAACAAAGGACAAUAGUCCCACUUCAUGGAACACAGUAACACAAUCAUCCUGCCUCCAACACAUCCCACUCUGGAGUCAAAACAUAUACUGUCAUGUGAAAGACAACAAUCCUAUGACUGCAAUCAUGGAGCAGGAAUUCUGCGCAUGAAUUCUUUCGGUGCUUCUGCACAUGUGCGAGUGCCAAAACCCGGAAGUAACACGUUCCGGUAUUUCCGGGUUUCGGCGUGUCCAUAACCCGAAAACGUGCAACCUGAAGCGUCUGUAACCCGAGGUAUGACAGUAUUUGAAGAUGGCUCUCAUGUCUCCUCUCGGCCUCCUCUUUUCCAGGCUAAGCAUACCCUUCUCCUUCAACCGUUCCUCAUAAGGUUUGUUCAGUGUAUCUGACUAUUGAACAGAAGGUUGGUGGUUUGAGCCCACCCAAGGCUGGUUGUGGGUAGGAUUCCUGUAUUGGACUAGAUGGCCCUUGGUGUCCCUUCCAGCUCUAACAUUCUAUGAUUCUACGAUGGGCAGGUGGGCCGCAGAGGAACCUCUAGUUUUGCAGUAGUACAGAAGUGGGGAAAACCAGUCCCAAGAAGACUGAGCGUGCUCAGUGGGCGCAGAAUGCUGACUGGCAGUAGGGCAGAGAACCUGGGGACGAGAUGGAACGGUAUGGCUGGAAAAGGGCCUGGCCGGCAUCCUGAACAAGAGCGCUCCUGAGCGGCAACAUUUUAUUGCAUGGUCCGUCUUGCACCUAAACAUGCUUUAAUGAAACUGAGUCCUGAGUCCUCCCCUCUGAAUGCCAAUGAGGCCGCUAAGGGCAGGGUGGAGGACGCAAGCAAACCAUAAUAAAUAAUAAUAAUAAUAAUAAUUUAUUAUUUAUACCCCGCCCAUCUGGCUGGGUUUCCCCAGCCACUCUGGGCGGCUUCCAACAGAAUAUUAAAAUUCAAUAAUCUAUUAAACAUUAAAAGCUUCCCUAAACAGGGCUGCCUUCAGAUGUCUUCUAAAAGUCUGGUAGUUGUUUUAUCUUUGACAUCGGUGGGAGGGCAUUCCACAGGGCGGGUGCCACCACCGAGAAGGCCCUCUGCCUGGUUCCCUGUAACUUGGCUUCUCGCAGGGAGGGAACCGCCAGAAGGCCCUCGGCACUGGACCUCAGUGUCCGGGCAGAACGAUGGGGGUGGAGACGCUCCUUCAGGUAUACUAAUGCAAGAGAGAUGCUCUGCUUGUUGCAGGUGGUCUUUGAGGAGAAGGAGGAGGAGGUGGUGGUGGCAGCUGCACAUUCCUCCAUUUCUGGCCAAUCGCCACCUGAGGCUGGGGAGAAGCAGCUGCAUGCAGCAGCCAAGAAGGAAGAGGACGAGGAGGACCUGCUGGGUGAGGAGAGGAGGGUUUUCCAUGUGUGCCUUGGAUAGUUUGACAUUCCCUGCUGGGCUGACCUCCAGAAGCUACUCUCCGCUUCUCUAUCUCUGGAGCCUACGGCCCCAUCUGCAUUAUACAUUUAAAGCAGUAUCCUUUCAUUUUAAAUUCAUGACUCCGCUCCCCAAGCAUUGUUGGAGUUGCAGUUUGCGAAGAGACAGUUGUUAGAAGGCCUCUCUUCCAAUUCCCAGAGUAGUUUGACCAUCUUCACAAGGAACUCUGGGAAUUUUCAGACUGAAAUUCCCAGUGUCAAGAAAGGUUAUUUAUGUACGCAACAACUGCAGCCUGUUUGGUUAGCCCAGAAAUGGAAAACGAGUGAGGUCCCAACUAAAGAAGAAUGGCAGCUUAAGUCAACAGAAUAUGCACAACUAGCAGACUUAACAUAUAGAAUAAGAGAACAAGAAGAACAUAUGUUUAGAGAAGAUUGGAAAACGUUGAUUGAAUAUAUGGGAAAUAACUGUGUACAGCUGAAAACGCUGGCAGCAUUAAGAUAAAUUCAACAGUGUAGACAAGUUUUGAUGGAGGCAAUAAUGGAAUACUGAAUGGUAUAGUUUUUGUAAAAUAUGCAGGGAUUUAUGAUAUGUAAAAUGAACCAUGGAAAGAGAAGAAGGGAAAUCUUAAGGAUGUAAAAUGAGUAUUUUUAAUUGUAAAACAGAAAACUUAAUAAAAUUAUAUACACACACAAGAAAGGAACUCUGGGAAUUGUAACUCUCUGAGGGGAAGAAAGGGUUGCCUCACAAUUCUCAGCACCCUUAACUGACUACAGCUCCCAGAAUCCUUUGGGGGAAGCUGUGGCUGUUUAAAGUGGCAUCCUGGUGGAGAUGUUGUGGGAUGCGAUCCUCCGCUGCUCUGCGGCCCAAAUGAACUCAUUCGUUUCAAUGUGUCCACUCUGAAUAGAACCCAGGCCACAUUCAAAGUGGAUUCUUUAGUUGAGAUUCCUGCAUUGCAGGGGGUUGGACUAGAUGACCCUUUGGCUCCCUUCCAAUAUAUAAUAUUAAAUUUCUGUUUUACGAUUUAAAGUACUCAUUUUUACAUCCUUAAGAUAUUUUACAAAAACUAUGCCAUUCAGUAUUCCAUUAUUGCAUCCAUCAAAACUUAUUCUCUUAUUCUAUAUGUUAAGUCUGCAAGUUGUGCAUAUUCGGUCAACUUCAGUUGCCAAUCUUCUUUGGUUGGGACCUCGCUGGUUUUCCAUUUUGGGGCUAACAAAACGCAGGCUGCAGUAGUGGCAUACAUAAAUAUACCACUUUUUUGACACCUGGGAAUUUCCAUCUGAAUUAUCCUGAAUAGAAAGGACUCUGGGGUUUUUGGAGAAAGUACUUUUAAACAUUUUUUUUCCCAAUUCAUUAUGUAUCAUUUCCCAAUAUUCUUUUAACCUUUUACGAGUCCACCCCAUAUGAAAGAACGUUCCUGUUCUGUGCUCGCUUCGGCAGCACAUAUACUAAAAUUGGAACGAUACAGAGAAGAUUAGCAUGGCCCUAGAAAAUUUUUUUAAAAAAUUAAAAAAAGAAAGAACGUUCCUGUUCUCUGAAUAUUAUUAAGGAGGUCUGUGAUUGAUUGACUGACUGACUGAUUGAUUCCUGGUUUUGAAUGAUUCAUUCAUGGCUUUUAUCAGGUUUCUUUCUUCAUUUCAGAUGGUGGUGUAUGGGAGAGCGAAGAUGAAGGUGAACCUUGCAGGACCUCCUCAGAAGCAGGCCAGCAGGAGGCAUUGAAAGAGAACUUCUGGAAUCAAGAUGGAUCAAAGAGGCCAGAGGGAAUACACGUGGAGAAGGGCAGAGAUAAAGCCAUUUCUUGCCAGGACGGAGACUUCCAUGAAAUCGUAGUUCAAGAAGAACAACAAGCAGAGAAGAGGAGGAGCAAGUGCCUCAGUGCACAUUGGAGAAUCCACACAGGGGAGAAAACCAACAAAAGCUUAAAGUUUGGGAAGAGCUUCAGCCAGCACAGAAGCGUCACGGAAUAUCAGAUGCUCCACUCGGGGGUGAAGCCGUAUAAAUGCUUGGAAUGUGGAAAGAGCUUCAGUCAGAGCACGCACCUCACGUCCCAUCAACGAAUCCACACAGGGGAGAGGCCAUACAGUUGCUCGCACUGCAGCAAGAGCUUUAACCAGAGCACUAGCCUUAUUCAACACCAGAGAAUUCACACAGGCGAGAAACCGUACAAAUGCGCCGAGUGUGAAAAGAGCUUCCGCCAUAGUACGAGCCUUACAUCACAUCAGAGAAUCCAUACCGGGGAGAAACCGUACAAGUGUUCCGACUGUGGGAAGGGGUUUUGUAAUCAGUCCGGCCUUAUUAACCACAAGACAAUUCACACAGGGGAGAGGCCAUAUAAAUGCUUGGAGUGCGGGAAAAGUUUCAGUCAGAGUACGCACCUUACGUCACAUCAGAGAAUCCACACAGGAGAGAGACCAUAUAAAUGCUCGGACUGCAGCAAGACCUUUUGCGACCAAUCAGGCCUUGUUAAACAUCAAAGGAUUCACACAGGGCAGAAGCCGUAUAAAUGCUUAGCGUGUGGAAAGAGCUUCAGCCAGAGCACAAAUCUUAUUCGGCAUCAGAGAAUUCACACAGGAGGUGAAGCCUCCAUAUUAACUUCCCCAUACUCUUAGAGUAGCAGAUGAGGUUCUGCUCCUACCAUCUUUUGGAUUGGGAGAGCUGAACAGCUGGGUCUCUUCCGUGGUUGCUCCUUUGCGGGACUACCUCUUUAAUGCUGGUGACUCAUUUGUGGUUUUAUAAUUACUCAGUUGGAUGGUUUUUAACUGCAUGUUUCCAUUAAUUAGUUUGUAAUGACCUAGAUAGUUGCGUAGAGGGCCUUCUUGGUAGCAGCACCCUCCCUUCAGAUGUCAAGGAGAUAAAAAAAUUACACAACUUUUAGAAGACAUCUGAAGGCAACCCUGUAUUGGGAGGUUUUUAAUGGAUCAAUGUUUUUACUAUGUUUUUAGAUAUGCUGUAAGCUGUCCAGAGUGGCUGGGGAAACCCAGCCAGUUGUGUGGGGUAUAAAUAAUAAAAUUAUUAUUAUUAUUA